AUGGUGGUCACAAAGAAUACUAAAAAGUCUCUGGAGUCGAUCAACUCUAGGCUCCAGAUUGUUAUGAAAAGUGGAAAGUACAUUCUGGGGUACAAACAGACUCUGAAGAUGAUCAGACAAGGCAAAGCAAAGUUGGUUAUCCUCGCUAACAACUGCCUAGCUUUGAGGAAAUCUGAAAUUGAAUACUAUGCCAUGUUGACUAAAACUGGUGUCCAUCACUACUGUGGCAAUAAUAUUGAAUUGGGCACAGUGUGUGGAAAAUACUACAGAGUAUACACACUGGCUAUCAUUGACCCAGGUGAUUCUGAUAUUAUCAGAAGCCUGCCAGAACAAACAGGGUGA